AUGGUUUUGCUGCGGUAAAAGAACGCAAUCACAGUUUUAAAAGCCUUUUGAACGGUGCCGUUCUUCUCCCCGAACAAAUUUAAAUGCUAAAAAGAACAGGCGGUAAAAAAAAGUUAAUUUACUUGUUUUAGCGUUGAAUGGCAUGCAACUCAGAAUUACGAACAUGCCCUGUUGUUUUCGUAUGUACCCCGCCAUUUUCAUCUUUUUAUCGAUCUUUCGUGGUGCGUACGCAGCAUUCGGGUGCAGCACCAAUGUUUCUUCUGAUGAACACUCGUCUGAGCACACCGUGCCGGUGUUGGCACGGGUUUGUGAUGGUUUCGAGUCGGGUGAACAUCAAGCACCUCUGAGCAGCACUCCCUUACGAACAGCUGCGCUAGGCACAUCUCACCGAGAAAGCAGUUCGUUGGAUUACCGCUCCGUUUGCUCGGGAGAACGCUACCCGUCAACCAAAGAGACGGUAAAUCGUGCCUUGGGAACGGAACAGGUGCGCAGCAAAUGUACGAGUGAGUAUUUAACACCAGACCAUGGCUAUGCUGCUGCAGGAUGUGAGCGGUCGAUUCAAAAACAAAGCUGCUCUGAUUUGUACACCGCCCGAGCACCCGCCGUUAGCACCUCACGUGCUUGUUCAACCGGCUCGGUGAUGCACCCCAGCUCUCGGUCACACGCCCCGCUCGACCAAGAAGUGCAGCAGGUUUGCCAUCCGUGUGGUUAUUCCACACUCAAUCCAAACGCGGUACCGUGCGCAAGCACGUAUACCUGUAUCUGUGGCAGCAUAUUAUUUAUACGGCAUAUGAAGCUUAAAAUGUUCACCAAUUUCACCCACAACGCACCACCCGUAUUCCUUGCAUCACCCGACUUUGUUCCUGCGAUCUUUCGCAUUCACGAGGACGAGCACAAAGAAACCGCCUUUAAUACCUUACGUAGCUUUUAUAAUGAGUACAUCGAUCGAUCCCUUUCGUACAGAACUAAGGAACCUCUAAAAAUUGUGAGUGACGAGCUUGAAAAACUAUUAACUCGCUCAGAAUUGCAAGGCCUGCGCGGUCGAUGGCUCGGUUAUCAGCAAAAAAAGCUGCGCAUUUCGCAUUUUGUCUUUGUUUGUGAGUUGCUGGAGUACCUCAAGGCUCUGAUCGCAAAGUGCAGGGUUGUGCACGGUGUUCUUCAAAAAAUAGAGGCUAUCAUAGAAAACGUAUCGCUGGUAAACACCGCGUUGACGUUCAAACGGCCCGAACUCAUGAAAUCAUUACUUUUGGAGCUGAAGAACGAGCAUGCAUCUUCAUUUAGCUGUUUCGAGAGUACCACGCACAAAAUAAGUUACAUGUUGAGCGAAAUACUGAAAAUGCUGAAAAAUACGAUUGAAAGGCAACCAAGGGAAUGGAUGUGCGAUAUAUUUGCGGUUAAGUGGAUCAGUGAUGUGAAGAACUACGUGUUCAACUGCGUAAUAAACGAAAUUAUUGUUCCGCGGACCGAUAAUGCCGCUUCAUUUGUUACGGUACUGAUUGCAUUUCUGGAAAGUAUCGGCACCGAUGGGGUAACGCAGUGUGCACAGGGCCCAUCUGCACGGGCGCAAGGUGGAACUAAACGACCGGACGAACAGAACAUGCACACACGCCAAGCAAUUAUGAGCUACAUGGAUGAGUUUGAAACGCUGGUAUCAGCAGUUCGUGAGCUGAAUCUAAGCUACGCAUCAAUAACGGGCACUCUUACGGUUAAUUUGAACAUCUUGCGGCAGGUCAUGGUGAACAUAAGCGGUUGAUGGUGCUACGGUAAUAAAAUUUAUUUUAUGAAUUGUUAUCGUUGUGAUACGCGCACUG